AACCCCUCGGCGAGGGUCGUGAGCAGACUUGGAGAGCUCCACGUCACCGUGGUCAGCGCCACGGGUCUCCCUCGCAUGGAUCUCAUCCGCAGCUGCGAUCCCUACUGCGUCCUCUACAUCGAUGGCCAUGGCGACCAGCAGACGCACAUCACCGAGACGGUACCGAAGAGUCAGACGCCUCACUGGAACGAGAAGUUUGUGUGGGAUCUCUACACUGACACCCGGAUCGUUACAAUCUCAUUGUGGGACAGAGACAAUGUGACCAAGGACGAUCUCAUCGGCACUGUGCUGGUUGACCUGCGAGAUCUCGAGCCAAACUCGUUCGGCAAGCAGCUCGACCUCAACCUGACAAACGCGAGGAAGGCAAAGAAGCUGAGGAACGCAAAGCUGCAAGUGAUCUUUCAGCGGCGAAGAGACGGGGAGACUAUGGAUUCUAUCCAGGAGGAGAGUGCAGGAGAGGCUGGGGGGUCGAUGAACGGCAGCAGGAAGCAACAAGGGGAAGGGCCGCCGGACUCGAUCAACGGGAACGUGGAGGGGAAGGUGGAGGGGAAGGUGGAGGCAGCUAACGGGAAGAGCGGAGACGAAGAAGUGGACAGCGCGUUGAGAGAAGACAUCGAUAAGAUGACUGAAGAGCUGGAGGAUAGCUUAAACCUUUCAGACUAGCGCGGGGCGUCAAGAUACUCUGUCUGGCUGGUCGGAGGUGGCCGGCACAUGUAGCUCUCUCGACAUGUACAGAUCAAACAUUGGUGUACUCUAGAUAAACUUCAGCAUGAU